AUGUCAUUGCUUAUAAAUAAAUAUGCUGAAGCAUUCGCUCGUAGCGCGUGUAACGACGGGUUCAAGAUCUGGCUCUUCACUCACUCCCGCGCGGAGGAAGUUCCUAGGGUUAGACUGAAAUUAAGAAAGCCAAGGACCGAUCGAAAAGUUCAGUGGAGCACAGAAACUGUAGAUAAUGAGAAUAUGAACAAAAAGAAAUCAAAAUGUUGUUGUAUAUAUGACAAACCGAAAAAGUUCGGCGAGAGUAGUUCAGAUGAAGAUGAAGACGAAUGUGAUCAUUGCCAUGGACAUGUAGAGAAAAAGAAACAUAAACAACAUCCAACAGCGGGUAACAGUAUUGACAGUGAGGGUGGAUUGAGUCCUGGUGAUGGUCCUAGCUCGUAAAUUAAAAAAAAUCAACUGUACUCCGCACAUUCUACGUAGAUGAAUAAAUUUGGAAAGACUACCAACACUGUUACCUUACAUUCUUAACUAUAGUAGAAUUCUUAUUGAUUGAUAGUCAAAAGUACAAAAUAUUUAAAUGUUCUAAUGUUGUGUUUCCAGUUUAAGUGUCAAUUUUAAAGCUAUUGUAGAUGUACAUCAUUUGAUCUCGAACAGUUAAGCACUAAUCGACAUUGUUAUUUACCUUUUCAAGAUCAUCAAGUAACUAUCAAGUAUUAAUUUAAAUUAAAUAACCUGCAGUAUAUUUUGAAUAAUAUACAUACACUAUUAAUUGAUAUUUAUGCUUCUAUUUGACAUUCUAAAUGCGUUUUGCUAUCAAACAUUAAGAAUUCGCUUAAAAACGUUUACUGUAUUUUAAUGUUUUUUCAAUAAUAUACCAAUAUAUCAAAUGUUUACCAAUUUAAACCUCUUCAAAUGUUAAUGUUCGAUAAAAAAAACUCUUUAAGUAGUAAGACGAGAAGAGAUAAACCAUUGUGAUGAUAUAAUUAUUGUUAAAUUAGGAAUAUAAGUAAUAUUUAUCCUAAUAAUAAGCAAUAAGAUUUAAGUGAAAC